AUGGUUUAUAAUGGUGACCCGUUAAACAACGAUCUUGCAUUGAAAGUAUGUGACAACCUGUUGAAGCUUGUUUUCAAUGGUUGUACCACUGUAACUAUGGUUGACAUGCCAGAAACACCUGCUUACCAAUUUUGUUUCAAACCCAUUGUUGAUUUCUUACACGGAGAUUUUCAAGUAAAUCGCUUAUAUGAUGUGAUAGGCGUGCUCCACGAAGUUGUCAAGACUCAAGUUGUGGGAGGCGGAAAGAAGGCUUGCGUCAACCUUAUCAUAUCCGAUGAAAUUGGUUCUGAAAUUGAUCUGACUCUGUGGGAAGCAUAUGCCACUCAGUUUAUGGCCUACACAAAUUAG